UCACCCAUUCAACGCUGACAGAAUGUAGGGCGAAUGCCGUGCCCAGGCCGGAUCCCGCUGUGACUCAACUGGAGGAUAAGAUCCUUAAGGACUUAGAUAUGACAGCCAAAAUGGCUGCCCUUCAGGUGUCCAAGGGCGCGAAGCCCAAGUCUGGAGAGAAUUUACCUCUUCGGCCCGCUUAUGGUACCAAAGGUACCGAGGUAACACUUUGGGCCAAUUACUUCGCGUUGGAUGUGAAGACCCCAUCGCUAUAUAGCUAUACAAUACGAACACGGGAACACAAGAAAGGUGAGAAGAAGGAGGACACAGAAUCACCCAAAGAAGAACCUGGAGCAAAAGGAAAAGGAAAAGGAAAAGGCAAAGGCAAGGGGAAGGGCAAGGGCAAAGGCGGGGAUGGAGACGGCGACGGCGACGGCGACGGCGAUAAAGACGGAAAUGAUAAGGGUAAGGAGGCUAAAGGGAUGAAACUCCGGUCUCUUAUCAAGUCGGCCUUGGAUCAGGUUGCUAAGGGAAUUCCCUACGCGACAGAAUUCAAAGCACAGGUUGUUUCUACGGCCCCCCUUAAAUUGCCCAGUGACAAAAAGGUCGAAAUCGCUUAUACCGAAGAGGGCAAGAACGAUAUAUACGAUGUCAUAUUCGAUACUGCGCCCGAUAUCAACAUGGAUGCUCUGAGGACCUAUAUUGGAUCGAUGCAGGCGCCACCUGGAGAGGAACAAAAGUUCCCUAGGUUCGCAGAGGCUAUUGACGCCCUUGGAAUCAUCACUGGGUAUUGGGCACGAGCCAACGAUAGAGUCGGCUCUGUGGGUCGCAGUCGAUACUUCCCCUUGGAUAUGGACUCAGAGAAGAACUCUUUGGGCUAUCCCGAUCUUAAUACCGUUAUUCGUGGGUAUUUUCAGAGUGCUAGACCCGCGACAGGCCGGCUACUUCUGAAUGCAAACGUCAGUCACGGCGUAUUCCGUCCUGCGGGACUCGCAUCUAAAAUGAUGGAGGAUUAUGGGACAAACAACCCUAGAGAUCUCAAUAAGUUCCUGUCGGGACUUCGCUGUAUAUGCCGGGUCCUGCCGGACAAGACCGUACCGGGAUCGAAGGAAAGAUCUUUCAAGAAGCUAAUAGUGGGCGUCGCGAUGAUGAAUGACGGUAGAGGUACCACGAAUGGGCCAAGGGUGAAGCGUGACGGUGCCCGACCUUCAGAGGUCUCGUUCUAUUUGAACGGCGAUGCUCCUCCUGGCCUAAAAACGGGCCAGUACUGCACGGUCGCGCAAUAUUAUCUGCAGAGUACGUGUUCCCUCUCCCCUCUCUCAACGCUGAUACUAAGAAUUGCGUAGAGUACGGGUACCGACCCGAUGACAGGUAUCCAGUGGUGAAAUAUAACCGCCAGAGGCCCACAUAUUGGCCUGCAGAGCUGGUCCAAGUGAUCGAGGGCCAGGUUCUGAGACGUAAGACUACGGCUGACGAGACCGCAAAUAUGAUAUUGUAUGCUUGUCGGUCGCCCUGGGCCAACGCAAUGUCCUUGAGUACUGUGGGUCGUAAAGUUCUGGGCCUUGACGGCAACUCCAAACUUGUAAGCAAUAAUUCUCAAUAGCGAGUGCGAUUUGGCCCUGAUUGCUGAUUGUAUUAGGCGGAAU